GAGCAUCCAGAUCUUUUCGUUUUUUUUUUUUUCAUUAACAGCAUAGGGUCCCUUUUAAAUAAGAAAAUGGGGAGAAGGGAAAGACAGAUUGAUAGUGGAAUUGUCAAGAAAGGUGAGUACUUUUAUACAGAGAAAGUGCGUUUUUAUUUAAAGGGAGAGUGGGAGGAAGUGGACAAAGAGUUUUUCUCUCUUUUUUUUGGGGGGAAAGCAGCCAUCCCAUCACCAAAUUGUCCUUGUUCUGAGGCAGUUUGUGCGUAGGAUAUGUAGAAGAAGAGAAGGGAGCUGUGACUGUGAGGCGCUCCACAAAUCUCUCACCUCCUCUCUCUCUCUCUCUCUCUCCAUUUCUCUUGUCAUCUCUAAUAUCAUUGCACAUGCUUAAGUUAGUUAGUAGUGUGGUCAUGCCUGCUUCAGCUUAAAAGUUGCAGCUGCUAGCUGCUCUGUCUCCAAGGGUGCGCAGGAUAAGGAAGUAGCGAGGAGGAAAAAUCUCGCACUCACUUAACUGAGCUGAGCUACUUUCUUCCUUGUGAAAUUAUGGGUUUUAGCAGAAGAUUGCUUCUUUCGAUUUUAAGCAUGUUGGGUUUGCUCUCUAUUGCCUCUGGGGCUCGCCUCUACUCUUCCUCGGUUUCAAAACAGAAGCUGGUCGUCCAGAAGCACUUGAAUCGAUUGAACAAGCCAUCUACCAAGUCCAUUCAGGUCCCUUCUUCUUACCCCUUUUCUCUUCCCAAUACUAAUGCUGCUUGCUUGUUUGGCUUCUGAGAAAGUGUGGGUAGAUGUGUCUGCUUCUUAUUUUCUUGGCAUUACUGAUUUGAUUUUCUUGCCGUUUCCUGUAUUUUCCCAGUGAUGAAUGCAAAUGGCUGUCUUCAAGUUUACUUCUUUUUUCCCCACCUUCUCCCUUUCCUUUCCCUCUUCUGCUUUUCUUUCUAGUGAGCAUUAGAUGCCAACUUUUCCUUCCUGGAAAUUCUCGCUUCUUUUUUCAUUUUGCGAGUCAAAAAGAUGCUAAGAUUAUUAGACUCCUCUUUACUCUCUUUCUUUCUUUCUUUCUCUCUCUCUCAGACUCUCACUAUAUGAUGAUUUCAUUUUCGGGGGAUUUAUUGAGCAAUAAAUAACACAAGAAACUGAAUAUAUGAUGUGGAAUCCUCAGUGCACAUCUUUAUUAUAUUCCCUCUUCGUUCCCCUCUAUGCAUAUUGAAAAAUAACUAUUCAAUCCUUUCCAAUGACUAACAGAAGGGGCCUGGUGUCUGAAAAUUUUCUUUUAUUGGGUAACUUACAGCAUUGAGAAGGGUCAUGUUAAGCUCAUUUGUGUUUUGUUUCUUUUGAUUACGGCAGAGCCCGGAUGGAGAUAUCAUUGACUGUGUUCCCAUGUCCAGCCAGCCAGCUUUUGACCAUCCUUACCUCAAAGACCACAAAAUUCAGGUCUGUAAUAGUUCUUCUUGCUGUUCCAUUAAAGCUUUGUGCUUUUGAUUUUCUUUUUCUUUGUCUGACGUGGGAGGGUUUGUACAGAUGAGGCCUAGCUUCCACCUUGAAGGACUGUUUGAUGACAACAAAGUGGCUGCUGCUGCAGCAUAAUCUAAAGUGAGAGCAAAUCUUAUCAAGCAAUUGUGGCAUGCCAAUGGUAAAUGCCCUGAAGGAACCAUUCCAAUCAGAAGAACAAAGCAGGAAGAUGUUGUGAGAGCUACCUCUGUGAAAAGAUAUGGUAAGAAGAAGCAUAGAAGCAUUCCAAAGCCCAAAUCAGCUGAACCUGAUCUCAUUAACCAGAGUGGCCACCAAGUAAAGUCUCUUCAUUUCCUCAUCAGUGGAAAGAUUCUACUUGGAGUCUUAUACUCUUCCUAAUUGUUUGCUCUUCCUUUUUUUUUCAUUAGCACGCGAUAGCAUAUGUCCAAGGAGAUAGGUAUUAUGGAGCAAAGGCCACCGUUAGCGUUUGGGAACCAAAGAUACAACAACCCAAUGAGUUCAGCCUGUCUCAGUUAUGGAUAUUGGGAGGAUCCUUUGGUGAGGAUCUCAACAGUAUUGAAGCUGGUUGGCAGGUAUAUAGCAUAUUUUUAAUAAUCAAUCCUGUCCUUUCUUUCAUGUGAUCAACACAAAAUUAUUGAACCCAUGAUAAUGAAUUAACAAAGACGGUUGAUUCCUUGUCAUCUUCUGUGGAUACUAUAUUAUAAUCCCAUCAUCUCAUGUUUUUUAAUGAUAAAAUAGGUUAGUCCAGAUCUGUAUGGUGACAACAACACAAGGCUCUUCACCUACUGGACAGUAAGCUUCAUGAACUCAUUUCUUCUAAUGAACCUGAGAUUGCUCGUUGACUCGGACAGAAAUCUAAACUAUGCAUCUACAGAGCGAUGCUUAUCAAGCAACUGGGUGCUACAAUCUGCUAUGCUCAGGCUUUAUCCGGAUCAACAGUGAGAUAGCAAUGGGUGCAAGCAUCUCUCCUGUUUCUGGCUACCGCAAUUCCCAAUAUGAUAUCAGUAUCCUUAUCUGGAAGGUAAAUCUAACAAUCACAAGCCUAUGACCAUUGUCCUCUCAUUCAUAUGCAGUUUCCAUUAUGAAAAAGCUAGCAUCUUCUGCUGAUCUUUUUGUAGAUAUCUAGUGUAGACGCAGGCAAAGGAUAGGACAAUGAGUGUAGACUGUGUAGUUACUUGUGUGGCUUAUAUCUGACCUGAAGUAUGCAUGUGAACAUGGUAAAGAUUUGUGUGUUUGGAUCUUGGCAAUGCAAGUUUCAAACUGCAGAGUUUGGCCAUGUUGCUAGAGUAGAUGUUUGGACCGAACUGCUUAAGUUGAUUUGUAGCUGCACGCGGUUUUGAGUCUCAAGCCGAAACCUGUUAUGAGCAAAAUGGUUUAUUAUCUGUCCUUCAUUAACCUGAUAGCUAAGCUAAUGCCAUGUGGUGAUUUGUGUUGAGGGGAUUAAGCAUUCUUGUGUGUUGUGUGCGUGCAGGAUCCAAAAGAAGGGCACUGGUGGAUGCAGUUUGGAAACGACUAUGUGUUAAGGUAUUGGCCAUCUUUUCUGUUCUCAUACUUAGCAGACAGUGCCUCCAUGAUUGAGAGGGGAGGUGAGGUGGUCAACACAGAAGCAGAUGGGCAGCACACCUCGACUCAAAUGGGGAGUGGGCGUUUCCCCGAGGAAGGGUUUGGGAAGUCGAGCUACUUCAGGAACAUUCAAGUUGUGGAUGAUUCCAACAAUCUCAAGGCUCCCAAGGGACUUGGCACCUUCACUGAGCAGUCCAACUGCUACGAUGUUCAAACUGGCAGCAAUGGCGACUGGGGUCAUUACUUUUACUAUGGAGGCCCUGGUAGAAACGCCAAGUGCCAGUGACACCCAAAUGAAACACCCCUUUCUCAUCGUAUACUUCUGUUGUGUUCUGUUCCUUCCCUAUGUAUAAUUCACCAUCAUCCCUCUUCUUUCCUUAGUGUACAUGUGAGGUCGAGUCUGAGCAGUAGUGGCAAGUUUUGGCUCAUUGUUUUUUUUAUAGUCAUGGAAAAAGAUUCUCCAGACAAACCAAGUGGGUUUGGGGAACUUUGUGGCCAGUGUUUCUCAAAACUGGGAAAGAAACAGGAGGCAUUUUGUUUUCUUUCUUUGUGUAUUCUAUUGGUUUAUGGUACUACUUCUCGUCUACUCCCUUCUUUGGAGGGGCUCGUUUAAAUGGAAUGAAAUCCCCUCCUCUCUCUCUGUUGCUGCUUCUUUUGAUGGAUACUGUCAGUAGUCUGUCACGGCCUUGUAUUAUGAUUGUGAUCAUGAUGAAGGCUGGCUGAUAAAAGGAGAACUUUUCA